UAUAUAAAGUGGUGGCCCCUUGCAGGAUCAAGUCAUUCACCACACCAUGGUCUCAAAGUUCGCUCCCGUGCUGGUUGCACUGCUAGCUCUCGCAGCAGCCGAAGACAGCAAGGCUGCAGCGUCUGAUGCCAAGCCUGCCGAAGACAAGAAGCAAGGAAAGCGUGGGCUUUUCGGCCUCGGCUACGGAUAUGGCGGGUACGGCCUGGACUCGUACGACGGAUACGGUCUAGGCAGCUACGGAUACGGAAGCUACGGUCUUGGUGGAUACGGUGGACUCUCCAGCUACGACGUUGGCCAUGUUAAGGCCGUCACUAUCACCAAGGAAGUGCCUGUGGCUCAUCCAGUGCCUUACCCAGUGGAAGUAGAGAAGCACGUGCCUUACCCCGUCAAGGUUCCCGUCGCAGUCCCCGUCGACCGCCCCUACCCCGUCCACGUACCCAAGCCCUACCCCGUCACAGUAGAGAAGCCCGUGCCAUACCCCGUCGAGAAGCCAGUGCCUUACCCCGUGAAGGUUCCAGUCAAGGUACCUGUUGCACACCCAGUGCCAUACGCCGUUCCCAAGCCCUACCCCGUUUAUGUACACAAGCCCGUCGCUGUUCCCUACCCUCAGCCCAUCGUGGUCAAGAAACCCGUCUACAUCAGCGACCACAGCUACCACGGAGACUAUGACAGCUACGGAAGCUACGGAGGUUACGGAAGCUAUGGAGGCUGGGAACACAGCUACCACUAAACUUGAAACUGUUCCAGCCGUUCCUUCCAGGAACUGUUACUUCUCUGGAACUGUUCCAAAGUAACCUGUACCUCGGGCGAACUUUGCCGAUGUAACAGUUUACAACGGUACCUCUACCAAUGUCUUGUAUUUAUACCUGUUAUUAUAGACUUUUGUACCUGUAAUAUAGUAAUAAAGUGAUAAGUUACUUUUCCUAA